AUGCGCAGCGACCCAAUCUUCCACUUUGACCUCGACGGCGGAGAAGUGUGCGGGGCAUUGAAGGGCGAGACGUGGGCAAUGUGGGAAAUGCUGCUUUAUCUGGACACAGUGGUGCCGGAGGAGCUGCUGGGGCAGCUUCUUGAAAUGAUCCACUUGAUUCACCUACUCACCCACCCCACCCCACCCCAUCAGAUCCUGAUCCUGCACCACUUAGACACAGUGGUGCCGGAGGAUGCUGACGGGGCAGCUUGUUGCAACGCAGACACUAAACCCUCUGCCACUCCCCCCCUCUACCCUUCUUUUGCCCCACACCCUCCCGCCCCCCAUCGCACCCUUCUCCCACACCCCGCCACCCCAUCAGAUCCUGCACUAUCUGGACACGGUGACACGGUGGUACCGGAGGAGUUGCUGGGGCAGCUGCUGGCGACGUGCUUCUCGUCGGCUGUGCUGCUGUUGGGGUCGCGACCAGGGGGGGCGAGAGGAGCCGGUUGCGGAGCAGAGGCAGCGCGUGGCGGGCAUGGUUUCCAGCAUGUGGCAGUGGCUGGACGAUCAGCGCUGGCAGUUUGCUCCGACGAACGAGUCGAAGACUUGGAGGUGCUGCUGAGGGCGUUCACGCGCAUGGAGGCCACAGCCAUGGUGGCGGCGUCACUGUGGAAGCGCCUGCAGGGCUGCUCACGGCUGGUGGCCAAACUGCUGUCCGAAAGGGCCCUCAACGCCACUGAUGUGCCGUCUGUGCGCCCUGCUGCCCGCUCCCAUCCGUCUUCCGCAUCUGCCUGUGAGUAUCUGGAGCCGGACAGCCGAACGGACGAAUGGCGGGUCGUGGGUAGGCUAUGGCAGGAGAAGGAACCUUCGGGCAGCAGCAGCAGCGACACCACUGGAGCAACCAGCAGCACCCCUGGCAGCAGCAGCAGCAGCUCCUCUGCUGCUCCCCCACUCCCCCCUGCUGCCGCCAAGGCUUCUGGCGGGGGGCGACGCAUGGGGAACCUGCUUUACAGGCACGAGCCCACAGAGCGUGAGGUUAUUUUCACAUCGCCAGCGUUUGUGAUUUUCAACACGGUGGACGAGGAGGAUGCGGCGACGGGCGCUGUGGCGUCGAGGGACUCGGUGGAGAUUGUGAAGCACCAGCUGUAUGCCAAGGCAAGCUUGGAUGACCUCACUCUUGCGCUCAAGGUUGCUGCGCAGGAGUAG